UCCAUAUUGCCAUGAGGUAUUCAAACCCUAAUAUCUCUAAAACCAAUUCCCUCACUUAAAAUCUUUUGAAACCCUAAUCUCAGCAAACUUCACCUUUCUUUCGUUCGGUCUUCAUUUCUGGUUUAUCCAUGGCGAGUACAUGGAAUAAGCUGAAGAAAACUCUAACCCUGCCGCACUCUUCUCAGUCUUCUUCGAUAUCUCUUGAAGUUGCUCGUUCGUCCGACAUUUCUGAGAAGGAUUUCCGAGCUUCGACGACAAUGCCGUCUUCUUCUUCUUCUUCUGGUCUAAGGAUUUCAAGAACGAGUAGCUACAGCAACAGAUCUUCCAAGAAAACAUGUGCUAUAUGCUUAGGGAGCAUGAAACCUGGGCAAGGGAAAGCCAUCUUCACAGCUGAGUGCUCCCACGCUUUCCACUUCAAUUGUAUUGCCUCAAGUGUGAAGCAUGGAAACCAACUCUGCCCCAUUUGCCGCUCCAAGUGGAAUGACAUCCCUUUCCAAGCCCCCACUUCUGUCAUUGAUCCUCAAUUGAAUGAUAUUGGACAGGCCAAUAUUGCUCCUUUGGAUUCCCCACUGGAUGAAUUUCAUGCUUCACUACAUCGUCACCUUCCACAUCAACCCUCACAUCAUGCUGAACCCCAUCAUUUCUCAGAUGAUGAACCUCUAUUCGGUACCACCUUCCAAGACUCAACCUCUCCCUCCUCACUCUCAGCUCACCCAGUUGCAACUGUCAGGGCCUUUCCUGAGUUCCCUGCUGUGCCAGCUGCAGACAACCGUCCUGAAUUUGCUGUCCUUGUUGGUGUAAAGGCCCCAGCCCUCCCUGAUAACACCCACUCCCGCCAUGCACCUAUUGAUCUUGUAACGGUGCUUGAUGUCAGUGGAAGCAUGGCAGGUACAAAGCUCACACUCCUCAAGCGUGCGGUCCACUUUGUUAUACGAAACCUUGGAUCUGCAGACCGCCUUGCUAUAAUUGCUUUCUCAUCAACUGCUAGACGGAUAUUUCCACUUCGCCGGAUGUCUGAUGCAGGUCGUGAUCAUGCUAUGAUGGCAAUAAAUUCCCUUCAGUCAACUGGUGGGACCAACAUAGUAGAAGGGCUCAGGAAAGGAGUACGGGUUCUUGAGGAACGACGUGAGAAGAACCCAGUUGCAAGCAUCAUUCUUCUUUCUGAUGGUAAAGAUACCUACAAUGUUGGCAAUCACAACCAUCGUAGGAGCUCACAUAAUCAGGCUUCUCCAAAUUCAAGACGGGUUUCGGAUUAUCUAAGCCUCUUGCCAUCUUCUAUCUGUCCUAAUAAUAGUGCUUCCAGAGAAGAAGGUCGUAUAGCACCUUUCCAAGUUCACACUUUUGGCUUUGGUUCAGAUCAUGAUGCUGCUGCCAUGCAUGCCAUUUCAGAUGCAUCAGGUGGCAUGUUCUCCUUCAUACAGACUGCUAGCAUCAUACAAGAUGCCUUCGCCAGAUGCAUUGGUGGCCUUCUCAGUGUUUUUGCUCAGGAACUGCAGCUCAGGGUGAGAGCUGUCUCUCCUGGUGUGACUAUUGGGUCAAUCCCUGCAGGAAAAUACUCCAGUGAAAUCUUAAACCAAGGCCAGUUGGGUGUAGUUGAAGUUGGAGAUUUGUAUGCUGAUGAAGAGAAAGAUUUCCUAGUCCAAGUCUCAGUCCCAGUUUUCUCAGCUGAAGAACGUGGAGAAACCACAUCAUUGUUGUGUGUGGAGUGCUCUUACAAGGUCCCACUAUCACAGGAAGUUGUCCAGGCAGAGAGCAAGAUAGUGGUCAUACGUCGGCCUGGGGUUCUGUUAUCAGAGGAUAACAGAAUGAGCUUAGAGGUUGACCGGCAGCGGAAUCGUUUGUGGGUGGCAGAAGGUAUUGCAGAGGCUCAGGGCAUGGCUGAGGAGGGAAAUCUUGAGGGGGCACAAUCCAUUCUUGCUGCUCGAAGAUCAGCCCUGUUAGCUUCGGCAUCAGCUCAAGCAGGGGAUGGUUUGUGCAACUGGCUUGAAGCUGAACUUAAGGAGAUUAGGGAUAGGAUGGUGAGCCAGGAGCUCUAUGAAGAGACAGGGAGAGCUUAUGUGCUUUCAGGCUUGAGCUCGCACUCGUGGCAGAGGGCUACAACUAGGGGGGAUUCAACCACACAUACUAUGGUGUUCAACAGAGAUGGUGACAACCAGAAUAUGAGUGGGGCAAUGGGGUACGAGACACCUUCGAUGGUGAGCAUGGUGACAAGAUCACAGACAAUCAACAUUAGAACUGGUGGUUCGUCUGAACGGGUUCAUCUUUUAAACAGAGCAUGCAGCUUGGUUCCACAUCGGUGAUCAGAAUUGGCAACCCCAUCACACAUUCAUUAUAGAGAGAAUUUUUGUUUUUUGGUGGUGUAAAAAGCUGGCAAAUAUGACAGUAAUACUAAAGAGAGCAUCUCGGGGUAAAACAAUCUUUACAUGUAAUGGCUUCUCUAUUUCCUAUCAUCAGCUGUUCUGGUGUUUUUGGUUCCAAACUGAUGAGAUUUCUUACUUAAAUGUAAUAAACAGAAGCAAAUUUAUGACAUUGGAAAGGAGAAGUCCAAACAGAAGAUUGAGUUGUUUACAGAUCUC